AUGCCCUGGAAUAUACUCCUUUGGCGUGCGUCCGAUGAUCGUUUUGUGGCCGACAAAAUUCUGAUGCCGCCUUGGUCGACCCAACACAGAAUUUGUCCACCAUCUCAUGUCAAAUCGCAUAACAGAGAGGUCAUUCAGGGAAACUCGGCGACCACCGACUCGUUGUCCGAAAAAGAGCUGGACGAGAAAUAUCUCAGCAUCAUCAACAUCCGGGGACGUGGCUACCAAAAGUUUUCCAUUGAUCACCGUAUUUCCUUCGAGCCGGUGGAUGAGGAAGAAGCAGAACGUCUCGAGUCCCAACACCAAGUUCUCAACAGGGUCUUUGACAACCGGCUUAUCUUUCCGCCUGUUCCUCGUCUCCGAAGAAUCCUCGACUGUGGUUAUGGCGCCGGAUCGUGGGCCGUGGACGUUGCGGAGCGACACCCAGACUGCGAGGUCAUCGGAGUUGAUAUAUCACCGCACAUGAACCCAGACGAUACCCCCGAGAAUUUGUGGCUGCAGGUUGACGAUCUGAACCACCCCUUCACCUUCCCUUCGAAUCAUUUCGAUCUCGUUCACUCCAGACUGGUCGCAACUGGUAUUAAUCGAGCUCGAUGGCCGGGUUAUAUUCGGGAUAUCCAAAGGUCUGGCAUUUGA